GUACAUUUGGAUAUGAAAAUUUAAGUAAAAGAAAAUAUUCUUUUCUUCCUUCGUCAACCUUUCCUCAAAUGGUAGGAAUAUAGUGGGACCCAAUCAGACAGCCUACAACUUAAAAAUGGCAGAUUUCUCAAAUUAAAAUUAGAAACCCAGAUAACUUUCUUCUAUACAAAUUACAAAACCUUUCCCAACAAAUCGGUGCAAAAUUUGAAGAGAGAAUUUCGUUUUUCCAGCUCUUAGUUUUCAGAACAAGAACAGAUUCCAAAAAGUGUGUAGUAUUGGUUCUGCAAUAUGGAAGGUAUUAUUGUUAGGCGUGUAAUCCCGUCUGAUAACAGCUGUCUGUUCAACGCUGUUGGAUAUGUCAUGGAUCAUGAUAGUAAAAAGGCUCCUGAAUUAAGACAGGUUAUAGCUGCUACUGUGUCUAGCGAUCCUGUGAAAUACUCUGAAGCUUUUCUUGGGAAAACUAAUGAAGAAUAUUGCGCAUGGAUUCUUGAUUCAGAGAAAUGGGGAGGGGCUAUAGAACUUUCAAUAUUAGCUGAUUACUAUGGACGCGAAAUAGCAGCUUAUGACAUUCAGACAACUCGAUGUGAUUUGUAUGGUCAGGAUCGUAACUUCAGUGAAAGGGCUAUGCUUCUUUAUGACGGGCUUCACUAUGACGCUUUGGCUAUGUCUCCCGCUGAAGGUGCUCCAGAGGAGUUCGAUCAAACAAUAUUUGCUGUAAGCAAUGACAGAACCAUAGGGCCUGUUGAGAGCCUUGCUCAGAAUUUUGUGAAGGAGCAGCAUAGGCUGAGAAAGUUUACUGACACUGCCAACUUCACAUUGCGUUGUGGAGUCUGCCAAAUCGGAGUUAAAGGACAGAAGGAGGCUGUGGAACAUGCACAAGCAACGGGUCAUGCCAACUUCCAAGAAUAUAAUUAGAUAAUACCUGGAAAAAACUACAGACUCAUUUUAGAAAGAUAUAUUCAUUACGCUGUUAAAUCAUUGAACAAUUUUUUCAAUAAAUCGACAAAGAGAUGUAACUUGGAAGCUCUUUGUUAUAGAAAUAUAGAAUAUCCCUGUUGUAGCAAAUUGAAGGGAUUGAUCAUAUGUUGUUAUUUUACUGUUACUUCAACUCGGUGAGACAUACAGUUGACAUUGGUGCUCAAACUUUACCGAUUACUCUUAAAAACUUGUCAUAUA